AUGACGGAGGCCCAGGUGCUGAGGGUCAAUGGUUGGAGCAACAUGUACUGGGGCUGGGGAGGAGAGGACGACGACAUGUGGAAACGUAUCGCUCAGGCUAACAUGGCGGUGUGGAGGUACCCGCCACCCUUCGUCAAGUACAACAUGAUCAAACACAAGCCUCAAGUCCCCAAUAAAGACAGGUUAAACUUGUUACAACACAGCAACGAGAGGACGGAGAUCGACGGUCUCAACAGUGUGAGGUACUCGGUGAACAAGACCACACGCUACCCGCUCUACACACACAUCUUGGCUGACAUCAGCGCCAACUACAACCUCACCAACCUCCCCGGCGCCGCCAACAGCACGCAGCGAAGCCCUCCAUCCACAACCACAACAUGA